GUUAUAGAAGCGAUCGCCACACCUCAAGAUGGCGGCACACUCGCUGUGCUGCUUUCGACGAAUGCCGGUUCAGUGGCUUCUCUUCUGGGAGACAGCUAGGAAAAUUCCGCUUCGAGGUUUAGCUUCUGGUCACUCGGCCUUCGGUUCUCAAUUCCGAAGUGCAUACAGUUUGGACCAACUCUAUCAACCGCAGGAAAAAGAAGCCGACACUGCGAAGGAUUUGGCAAGCAAGACAAUUCCAGAGAUUCCUGUGGAUCGUUUGUCUGUAUCCUAUUCACGGAGCAGUGGCCCAGGAGGUCAGAAUGUGAAUAAAGUGAAUUCAAAAGCAGAAGUCCGGUUCCAUUUGGCAUCAGCAGACUGGAUCUCUGAAGAAGUGCGACAAAAAAUGGCAAUGCUGCAAAAACUUAAGAUCAAUAAAUUGGGAGAGCUAAUAAUAACUUCUGAAGUGAGUCGCUAUCAGAUGAGGAAUUUGGCAGACUGUCUACAAAAGAUCAGGAACAUGAUUGCAGAAUCCACUGUGAGUCCUCAUGUUAUAUCUGAAGAAACUGCUGAGAUGAUCAGAAACAGGGUGGAGAAGAGGAACAGAGAACGCCUCCGACAAAAAAAAGCACGAUCUUCUUUGAAGCAAAGUAGACAAGUGGACUAUGACUGAACAUCUUUUGGAGACAUAAAUAAUGCAAAGACAUAUUUCUUGGACUCUUACUAUUUCCUAGAUGGAAAUGAGAAACUUAUUGUGUUCUUUACAUUAAAAUAAAAAAACCUAUAUCAUCAAAA